CUAGGGUCUGUGCUGUUGUGGCACGCAAGGGUGGUGGCGCCUAACCCUCUCCUACCAUUGUGAUGACCCUCGGUCGCCUCGACUCUUUCCCUUCCUCUUGUUGAAACCCCCAAAUCCCGGAAAAGCAGUUCCUGACCGUGGGUGAUACAACCGGGCGGCACUUUCUUCUGCCGCACCGCGCGAAGAGUUACGAAUCGACGCAGUUCCACCGGAUAAUAAUUUCGAUCAGAAGGCGAGUUCCUCGAUAUUUCCCCGCCGAUUGAAAGUCGACGACCGUCGCGAAUACCCUCGAAAUGAUGUCCCGAAGCCAAUCGAGUCUGGGCUUCCUGGAUACAGGCAGAGACGAUCCCUCCGCGACGGGAAUCUCGCCUCGACAUCAGCAGACGCAGACGCAACCGCAAUCACAACCGCAGCCUCAGCUUCAGCCGCAAGCCUCCAACUCGGGUCCGAUCAAUUUGUCAGGGCUGGUAUGCAACGUCCGUCGGACCACCGGCCGGGAACCGCACCCUCUCGUGGGAGCAACGACAACAAUCCUGGGCGAUAAGCUAUACGUGUUCGGAGGCCGGGUGCUCUCGAAGAGUAGGCCGCAGUUGACGUCGGACAUAUACGAGCUGGACUUGAUCCGGCGUCACUGGACCAAGAUCGAAGCGACCGGCGACGUCCCCCGCCCCCGCUAUUUUCACAGUGUCUGCGCCCUCGGCGACCACAAGCUGGUGUGCUAUGGCGGCAUGUCGCCUGCCCUGAAUGCCUCCAAGGACGCUUCUACCGCGAGCGGCGGGGCUGGGGCCCCGGAUGCUCAGCCGGAAGUCGUGGUCAUGUCGGAUAUUCACAUCUUCGACGUGCCUACCCGGACCUGGACCCGGGUCCCGGCUAUCGAUUCUCCCCAGGGUCGGUAUGCGCACUGUGCUACGAUUCUGCCGUCCAGCGCCCAUUUCACCUCAGCCACCGCGCCUCUGUCGGCUAUACAUCAUAAUCCGGCAUCAUCGAACCCGCACCAGGGCACGAUCGGGGUGGAUAUCGAUGGGUUUGGGGGCGCCGAGAUGGUCGUGGUGGGAGGACAGGAUAGCUCCAAUCACUAUAUCGAGCAGAUCAGCGUCUUCAACCUUCGGAGCUUGAAGUGGAUGAGCACUAGCACGCUUGGUCGCAGCUGCGGCGCUUAUCGCAGUGUGGUUGCUCCGCUGCUGGGCAUGAGUGUCUCUGAGAUCGGUUCCGCGGCCGAGAAUCAAGACGCGCAGGAGCCUAUCGCAGACUCCCAGGUGGAAGGAUGUCCCAUGCUUAUAUACUCGAAUUAUAACUUCUUGGAUGUGAAGUUGGAGCUUCAAGUACGCCUGCCUGACGGUCGCUUGGUCGAGAAGCCUAUGCAAAGCCAGGCGUCGCCCCCAGGGUUGAGGUUCCCCAAUGGGGGCGUGAUCAACGGACACUUCGUUGUAAGCGGUACCUAUUUGACCUCCUCGAAGCAAGAAUAUGCCCUUUGGGCACUGGACCUGAAGACACUCACGUGGGGCCGCAUCGACGCUGGCGGCUCGGUUUUCGGUCAGGGUAGUUGGAACCGCGGAGUACUUUGGUCGAGAAGAAACACCUUUGUCAUUCUGGGACACCGGAAACGCAGCUUGGUAGAGGAUUAUAAUCACCGGCGUAUCAAUUUCUCGCAUGUGUGCAUGGUCGAGUUGGAAGCAUUUGGUCUCUAUAACAAUGCGUGCCGAACAACGCCCACCUCGGGCUACAUCUCCUAUAGUGCGCCGUCUGUGCCGGCCUCUCUCCAGUCGAAGCUCACCAAAUUGACCUCUGGUGGACGACCGUUCUCUGCUGCAUCGGACGAGCUCGGUCGUCUCGCCCACUCGCUACCCGAGAUGGCUGAUAUGGAGCUCCAAGCCGUGGGCGGGGAGCGUAUCCCCGUCAACUCCCGGAUUCUGACGCGCAGAUGGGGUCCCUACUUUAUCCAGCUACUCCGCGAAUCCUGCGAUGCGGGAGUCUCCGACCCUGCUACGCUUCGUCCCGCUGUUGCCAUGUACCCCAGCCGCAACUCCAGCAUCACCAUUACUCCCUCGAUCGGCCAGAACAGCAACUACUCCAAUGCUAGUACGCUUGUCAGUAACCGCUCCGUCACUUCCCGUUCCUUAUUAGCGAACCUUGAGACACCUUCUGCGCAUUCUCUAUCGCCUACCGCUCGUCCCCGUGUACUCUACCUACCUCACACCUAUCUCACCCUCCAAGUCCUUGUCUACUACUUCUACACAUCCUCCCUGCCCGCCGUCGGCUCUUCCCUUUGCACUCCCCAAAUCCUCUGCUCCCUCCUUCAACUUGCGCGCCCCUACCAAGUCGAUGGCCUCCUCGAAGCGACAGUCGAACGUCUCCACCAAAUGCUUGACGGCCGCAACGCCGCGGCCGUCUUCAAUGCGGCCGCCAUGGCUGCAGGAGGAGGUCGCGGGACCGGUUUCGCCAGCGGACUCGGUGGUACCCUGGAAACCCUCAACGGCGCCCACGCGGCCGCCACCGCUGCCGCGCAAGACCCCUCCGCGCUAACGACGACGACCACCAACACCACCGGCACCACACAGCCCUCCUCCGCAGCCCAAAGCCACCUCACCUCCGACUCCUCCGACACCGAACACGGCACCACCGCCUCGGCGGCGCUCUCCACGGCCAGCAGCGCCAGCGGCGCCGGACCCUCCUCCACCUCGCGCGGCAUCCCCCUCCGCAUCAAUACCAACAUCUUCAGCCGCCGCCAACGCCACAGCGACCGCGAGCGCGCCCGCGAACGGGAACGGGAACGCGAACGCGAACGCGAGAUCGAGCUCGAACGCGAACGGGACCGCGAAGACUCCAUCAGCAACGCCAGCACUGCCACCUCCGCCUCCGCCUCCACGAACACCAGCUUCGACCAGUCCGACUCCGAAUACGGCGGCGGCGGGGACUCUAGCCGCAUCCGCUCCUCGUCGCACCACCGUCGCAACACGGACGCCGAGCUCCGUCCCGAGCGCGAGAUCUGGACCGGCGACCUCAGCAGCGUCAUCGGGCUGCAGAAGCGCGGUCUGCGCGGGCUCAUGGAGGGUCGCCGGCUGCGCGAGCGCACGGCUAACCCGAACAAUAACGGGGUGAAAUCUGGUAGUGCGGCGGUCAGUCUGAAUGGGAACGGCAAUGGGGUUGAGUAACUGCGAGAAGAUAUAGAUAAUUUAGCCAGGCGAUGAUCCAGUUAAGCGAGCGAGCAAUCGAGCGAGCGAGAGAGAUGAAGGGGAGAGAAGGAAGGAUUGAUUUGCUUUCGAGUAUAUAUUGCAUCUAUCUACAUUUAGGAUGAGCUAGGGGUUUGUGGAUAGGAAAGGGAUUGAUUGAAGUGGGUAGUAAUGAGGAAUGAUGCAUGACAAGAAUAGAGACUAUGUUCUUGUUUGAACUGACAGCAUUUCUUAGCAU